UAUAUAAUAUUGAUAUAAUUCUAAGGUACCAUGGUGAAGCUUGAGCUUUCCAGUAGUUAGCAUUCUGGUAUACCUUGGCUUCUCUUAUAUCUACAUUAGAGAAGGAAGCAGAAAAAGAUAGUAAAGUCUUUCUGGCAGUGGAGAAGUAAUAGUUCCUAAGUAUCCAAUAAAAAGGAUAUAGCCAGAAGAGCCAAAGACCUGAAGGUUAAUCUGGACACACCAUACUCUACUCGUUUUUCAUGUUGAAGGAAAGGAGUACUCAGAUUGGCUGGUGAUGUCUCGCAGGCCCUUCAUUUGAUGUGAAAGCUGAAAAGUGGGAGAAGAGAUAAAAGUGACAGGGAGAAAAGGGACCUCAGCAGCCUUGAUUAUUGGUACAGCCAUGGUUAAUAGAAGAAGCUGUUAGAUCCUUAAGCAGCCUGUAUUCUAGCAGAGCAAAGAGAGCCAGUGAUAAAGAGAUCAACUCUGUUCUCUGGAUAGGCAGAAAUUCAUUUGAUACCAUUGAGGGUUUAGAGUAUCUCUAAGGAGUGGAGGUAAGAUGGCAUUGCCCAUAGCUAGGGAUUAGGGAAGGGAUAAGUGGCUACUAAACUAGAGCUUGAGGAAUCGUAUGUGGGAGAUAAAUGGACAUGGAAGGAGGUGGACUGUGAAAGAUAGGUACAAACAGGUACCUCUCAGUAGUUCUUUAGGGAGCCACUCUGAAGAUACAUUAGUAUAGAAGUCAGCAUUUUGGAAGGGCGUUAAGUAAUGAUAUAGUAAAAGCAGUGUCCUGUACUUCACACAGCCUGUAAGAUUUAUGUCUCUGCCAUCAUGUUUCCUAGUGAGAAUUAUGACAAUAAAGAAAAUGUUCAAUUAUAUCACCUUGUUAAAACGGUUCUUUGAGUUGGACCUCUGUGAUUCUUCUUUUUCAUUUUAAUCUUUUUUCUCUUCAAUUUUAUAAUUGAGGGAAAACUUUGAGAAAUUAUUCUUUAUACUCUUUUAAGAGGUGGAGAAUUAUAUAGAACAUCUUAGAUUUGUGUUAAAAAAAAGAAUGGUAAAUGGGUAAAGGGCCAACCUUCAGCUAUCUGGAAAACUCUACAAUGCAGACUUUCCCAGUAAUCUUCUGGCAUUCUCUCCCUCUUCUGCAUGGAGUGUAGAGUCGCCCUCCAGGCUGUGUGCAUUACUUUUCAGCAUGUAGCUUUGGCAGCAAAGUAUGGUCUGUAACUAAGAAGGGCAUCUUUUGUUUCUGUGGCCUAGGCCAAAUUUCCUGUCUUAAUUAUUUUCUUGGGGGCUGGAGUGUUCUACAGUGGAUAAGGCAUGGGUAGUUAAUUAGACAUUAUGGACUCUUUGCUCCUCCUCAGAACUUGGUAAUUAUUUUUGCACUAUUUAAAUAUGAAAAUAUCCAAUUAGUGACUGUUGAUUCUAAUGUUAACCCAAAAUAUAGAGGCUCAUUGUGAGUUGAAAUAGCUCCAUCUUCCCAACGAAGUAUUAUGGUCCUUUUAAGGAUCUUGUGAGGGGCAGUUAGGAGCCUUUUGAUGUAGCACUUUUUUUUGGUGUUAAUGCUUAUAAAAGUGUUCUUUGAUUUGUAUUUUCAGGAAAUAAGUGAGCUGAUUUACAACAGGGGGAAGUAUGAGCCAGAUUAGCUAGUUCCUCCUGAGGAACAAUAAGAAUACUUAAGAGCAUGCAUCAAUCAAUAUGCACUCAAGUAGUAAGCUUUAUGUAUGUUCCAGAGAAACUGGUAAUCUGGGUAGAUUCAAGGCAUCUUUAAGAGAAAAUGUCUUGGGGAGCCCCAAGGAACUGAUGAAGUUGGGCGUGCCUUCCUUAGUGUAUGCUGUGCAGAACAACAUGGCUUUCCUGGCUCUCAGCAAUCUGGAUGCAGCAGUAUACCAGGUGACGUACCAGUUGAAGAUUCCUUGUACUGCUCUAUGUACCGUUCUGAUGUUAAACAGGACGCUCAGCAGGUUACAGUGGAUUUCAGUUUUUAUGCUGUGUGGAGGAGUCGUCCUCGUACAGUGGAGACCAGCCCAGGCCACAGGCGUCGUGGUGGAACAGAAUCCAUUAUUAGGGUUUGGUGCUAUAGCUGUUGCUGUAUUGUGCUCAGGAUUUGCAGGAGUGUAUUUUGAAAAAGUUUUAAAGAGUUCUGACACUUCCCUUUGGGUGAGAAACAUUCAAAUGUAUCUAUCAGGGAUUGUUGUGACAUUAGUUGGCGUCUACUUGUCAGAUGGAGCUGAAAUUAAAGAAAAAGGAUUUUUCUAUGGUUACACAUAUUAUGUCUGGCUUGUCAUCUUUCUUGCUAGUGUUGGAGGCCUCUACACUUCUGUUGUGGUCAAGUACACAGACAACAUCAUGAAAGGCUUUUCUGCAGCAGCAGCCAUUGUCCUUUCUACCAUUGCUUCAGUGAUGCUGUUUGGAUUACAGAUAACACUCACCUUUGCUCUGGGUACUCUUCUUGUAUGUGUUUCUAUAUAUCUCUAUGGAUUACCCAGACAAGACACUACAUCCAUUCAACAAGGAGAACCAACUUCAAAAGAGAGAGUCAGUGGUGUGUGAUUUUUAGCCUCAAAAGAGAUUCCUACUAAGACUAAACCAUUUGCAUUAAACUAGAGCCUUAAGUCAAUCCCAGAAGGUAGCUUAAAAAAAACAAUCAAAAACUGUGUCGUAUAAGCAUUAAGAAGAAAGCUAUGUGAGCGUAUUGCUACAAAGAUUUAAUGUGGCCUGUUUGGAAUCAACCUGUUUUGUUUUAGAAUGAAGGAUUUUUAUUACUGUAUAUAUAGUGUACAUAUAAAGUAUGGAGAUGAUGUGGUAUUAAAAAAAAUCAUGCAAGGCUACAAUAUUUAAUUAACAAGGUUUGGGAUUAUGUUAAGGGUUAAAGUGCCAAAGCCAUUUCUGUACUAACUGUUCUCUUGUGCAGGUACCAGGGGAGAAGGGUGACCCGUCCUUAUUCUCCAGUGCAUGUACAGUAUUUGGUCCCAGCAGCAGUAAAGACCUAGCUCUUUUCUUACAAAAGAAAGAGAGGCAAAAACAAGACAGGCUAGUUCAGAAACAAACUGAAUAUAUAACUUCUCAAACUGAAUCUAUUUCAUAACUCAGACAAUGAUUUCUGGGUGGUGACUGAGUACUCCUCUAAAGUGCUGUAUUUGUGCCAUUCAUUGUCUGGAUUCACAUUUCUUUGCUCUUAGAUGAUAUACUUUUCUUCAAAAAAUAUUUCUAAUGUCACUUUUGUACUUUUUUUUAUGAAGUAUGUUUAACUGUUGAGCUCAAUAAUUUGUGAAAUUUCAGUGUUUUUUAAAAAAAAUUUCUAUAAUGUUAUGGGAAAAUUCAGCAAUAAACUUAAUUUAUUUAUAUGAAA